AUAAGAAGAAAAUGAGCCGCGUGGAGUUGCCAGAAUCCACCACAACACAAUUAAUGGAGGGCAUGCAAAAUUAGUUACAAGAGUAAACUGCUAAUGAUAAAGUCUAGUUCUUUGUUGUUUACACAUUGUACAUUUUACCUGUAAGUCGGAAAUCAGACAAAAGCACCUGAAAAAAAAGAUGACAAAAUCUAUUGCAAGCAACAUACAACAUAGACAGGAACAUUGUUCGUCUCGACCCAAAUCUAUUCGUCUAAAAUAUUAGAAUGAGCAAUAAAUACAAAAGUGUGUACAUCUUAAAAGGUUUUUUUUUUUUUAUGUGCACCAUCUGCCACGUGGCUUUGUCGUUUCGAAAAAAGAGUUUUUUUUUGGUUUGAUGCAGGCAGUUGAAUGAAAGAGAGGAUGCAACAAUACUCAAAUUAGGGUUCAUUGUACUAAAAAAAAGAUAUCUUGGAGACGCGAUGGAAGUAGUAGAACUAGACUUCAAGUAUUCCGAUGUUGGAGUUUGGAAAGAGGCUCUAUCAUCGUACGAGUCCCGAAUCGAGUCACUGAACAAACCAGAACUCGUCUCUCUCGACAAAUUCUACCGCAACGGACUCCCUCGUCUUCUUCACGACCGAGACCCUAACCCUUACCUCACCACCUCCGAGCUUUCUCAACUCAUGAAAUGGAAGCUCUCUCGCGGCAAAUGGCGGCCGCGUCUGUUGGAUUUCGUGUCGUCUCUGGACGAUUCAGUGGUGAAAUCUGCUUCUGAGAAAGCUUUUAAAUCGCUCCCUGACAUCUCCAAGGCUGUGAAAGAGCUCACGGUGCUUAAGGGCGUUGGUCCGGCCACCGCCUCCGCUGUUCUUGCUGCUUACGCCCCUGACAUUGCACCAUUUAUGUCCGACGAGGCAAUGGAGGUGGCUCUUGGUAGCUCAAAGGAUUACUCUUUGAAGCAAUACUUGUUGUUUGUAACCAAGCUACAUGAUAAAUCAAAGGAAUUAAAGGUGAAGGGAGAGUGGGAUGGGCCUUCAGAUAUCGAACGAGCUCUAUGGAGUUGUACUGUGCGUGCAAAGUCACAACCAGAGAAGAGCUCUUCGGGGAAGAAAAGAAAACGGUAGGACACCAAAAAAAUGUAACUUUUGCAGAAUUUGUGUAGAUUUUUUUUAUCUCUUCAUUCAUAAUCAAGACAGAAUCAUGAAUUUAUCACUUCAGCUCUUCUGGAAGUCAUAUCCGUAAUUGUUGAACUGUAUCCAAUGUUUAUCAGAAUUCUGAGUGUUUUGAGGAAUCAUGUAACUUUCCCCUUUA